AUGACAUGCGGCGAUUAUAUCCUGUCGCGAAUAACUACCCUGCGGCCGCCUAUGGACAGAGUCACAAGUCCUAUGAAAGCUCUUCGCAUGCUCGACCGCGAGCAAUGGAAUUUUUUUGGGUGUGCCUGGAGUGGCUGGAUUAUGGAUUCCUUCGACUUCUUCACCGUCAGCUUGACAUUGCCACAGCUUGCAGCCGAGUUCAACAAGAAAGACUCCGACAUGACAUGGGGCAUUACCCUGGCAUUGAUGUUUAGGCCGCUGGGCUCGUUUCUUUUUGGAUUCUUAUCCGAUCGCUACGGGCGCAGGUGGCCGUUUGUCAUCAACAACUUGAUGUUCAUUCUCCUCGAGCUCGGGACUGGGUUUUGUAAAACGUACAAUCAGUUCCUGGUCUGCAGGGCCUUUUUCGGAAUUGCCAUGGGAGGAAUUUAUGGCAACUCCGUCGCAACGGCCCUGGAAGAUUGCCCUCACCCAGCGCGAGGAUUCUUGUCUGGCCUGUUUCAGUCCGGCUAUCCGCUGGGAUAUGUCUUAGCUACGGCAAUGAACCGAGCUUUAGUUGACACGACAAGAUAUGGAUGGAGGCCGCUAUUCUGGUUCAGCGCUUGCCCGCCCGUCUUCAUCAUCGUAUGGAGGUUGAGGCUCUCUGAGACGAGAGCCUUUCGAGAUCGUAAGAUGAUUUCCAAGACUCUGUCCGACAACACCCCUACUUUCAUGGACAAGGCAUGGAUUGCUCUCCGGGACUACUGGCUUUCCAUCCUAUACAUGGUGGUUUUGAUGAGCGGCUUCUCAUUUGUUUCUCAUGGCGCACAAGACCUGUACCCGACAAUGCUCACUACCGAGUUUGAGCUUACGCCGAAUCAAUUGACAGUCACGCAAGUAGUAGCAAAUAUGGGGGGGUUCCUCGGUGCAAUCUGUGUUGGCAAUCUGUCCGAGAUUUUCGGGCGCCGCCUAACCAUCAUGGCCUCUUUAACUGUGGCUGCAGGAGUACUAUACCCGUACACAAGAGUUCAGACGCCGGGUCUGACGGUGGCUGCUUUCUUCCUCCAGUUUGCCACACAAGGUGCAUUUGGAGUUCUUCCAAGUCAUUUGAUGGAAUUGUCCCCAGCAGACAUCCGGUCCAUUGUGGUAGGCACUGCAUAUCAACUUGGGACCAUGGCGUCAAGCGGCUCGGCAACAAUUCAGUCUGAAAUAGGCGAACGCUAUUUCCCACUUCCGCCAGGUCCAUCUGGUCAACAGCGCUAUGACUAUGGCAUAGUCAUCUGUGUAUUUCUGGGCGCGGCUAUAGCUUUGGUGGUGAUGACGACCUUUAUGGGACCAGAGCACAAGGGACGCGAAUUCGGGUUGGACAGUCAGGAGGCCAUCGAAGUUAUAAUGACGAGGGACCAAAUCCCAUCAACUUCCAAGUCUGAUAAAUCAUUAGCUGAAGCAGAGAAAGCCUAG